AUGUCAACACUCCCAGUCUCAUAUCCGGCGGAUGGCACUCCGGCUCUCUACCCCAACGAGAGAGUGGCCAAGCGAGUCGGCGAUUAUGCCGAGAGCCACAGCCUGCGGAUGCCCCAACACAUCAUCGACUACCAUGCCCAUAUCCAGACCACUCGGCCCGAGACAGCCAACUACAUGAUCUCGAUCGCGCAAGCACAGGCCUUGACCUUCUUGGUCAAGACCAUCGGCGCAAAGAGGAUCCUCGAAAUCGGCAGCUAUGUCGGUCUCUCCCUCAUGACGUGGAGUAGCGCGGUAGGCCCGGAUGGCAAAGUCACCGGUCUGGAAUUCGACCCGUCCUUUGCAGCGGCGGCGAAAGACGCCCUCGCUGCCAAUGAUGUCCACAACGCGGAGUUGAUUGUCGGAGAUGCGCUCGAGACCCUUCCCACGCUCACCCCCUCCGAACCAUACGAUAUCAUCUUCAUCGAUGCUCAGAAAUCCGGAUACUCGAGAUACCUGUCUACCAUUCUGGCGCUCUCUCAACCAGGGACGCCGAACCGGCUCCUCCGCCCCGGCGGCCUGAUCAUCGGGGACAACACCCUGCGGUGUGGACUUGUGGCGGACGACAGCUCGGAUAACCCCUGGCGCCACUACGAUUUCGGACCGCAGCGACCGGAGUACUGGAAGUCGGCGGAUGUGAUGACGUUGAAGGCGUAUAAUCAGGCCGUGGUGGCUAACGAUCGGUUGGAGAAUUGGUUGUGUCCGCUGUGGGAUGGGAUUAAUCUGGCCCGGAUGGUGGAUUGA